AUGGCAGGAACAGAAACAACAAAGAAAAGACCAAAACGAGAGAUGAAAGAGAAUAAACAGCUUGUAAAAAGGCAACUUAAAAGAUGCCGGUUAGACCACAGUGAGUGGAGUGAACGCGAUCAAGCAAAUGCAAAAAACAACAAGGGAAACUGGAGUGAAUGUGAUGACACAACAAACACAUUAGACCCAGUUAUGACAUUACGGGACGGAGAAGAAGAAGAAUGGGAACCAAUCAUUAUUGUCACCCUUGCAUGUACAAAGUUUGAGCUCGGAUGCAGUUUUGAUGUUACCUUUAGUGAAUGUGAUCCUACAAGUAACAUGGUUACAAAAUCGUACAUACCAACAACAGAUGAUGAUGAUUCAUGUGAAAACAGGUCAUUUGAAUAUUAUAUAAAGAUUAAUGGAAAAGAAGAGAAAAUGUCAAGAGAAAAGAGCCAACAGAAAAAUAAAUAG